UUAAUAAAAAGCAAUGGUGGGAACAACAAAGCUAGGCUUGGUUUUUUUGAUUGGUUUUGUGGUGCUAAUUCCAAGCCUGCAGGCCAAUAUCGGCGACUUCGACGAGUCAUGGCAGCAGCGAGCUGAAGAAGCCCACAAGGCCGCUCUCGAGGCCUAUGACCCUAACCCUGAAGAAGUUACAGACAGCUUCAACGAGGAAGUCGACAAGGUGAUAGACGGGUCGAACAGCACUAGGAGGGAGCUAAGGAGGUACUCAGGACCCUGCGCGGCCACAAACCCAAUCGACAGGUGCUGGCGGUGCCGCAGCAACUGGGCCAGCAACCGAAAGCGCCUCGCUAGAUGUGUCCUCGGCUUCGGCCGGAAGACCACCGGAGGGAGGUCGGGGCGGUACUACGUCGUCACCGACCCUUCGGACAACGACGUGCAGAACCCUAGGCCGGGGACUCUGCGGCACGCGGUGAUCCAGAAGCAGCCGCUGUGGAUCAUUUUCGCCCACAGCAUGAUCAUCAGGCUGUCGCAGGAGCUGCUGAUCACCAGCCACAAGACCAUCGACGCCCGCGGGGCUAACAUCCACAUUGCGAAUGGCGCCGGCAUUACCAUUCAGUUCGCCCGGAAUGUCAUCAUCCAUGGGCUCCACAUUCAUGACAUUGUGGCCAGCGGAGGUGGCAUGAUUAGGGACUCGGUGGAUCACUUUGGGUUUAGGACGCCUGCUGAUGGAGAUGGGAUUUCAAUCUUUGGUUCCACCAACAUUUGGUUGGACCACAUUUCCAUGUCCAAUUGCCAGGACGGCCUCAUCGACGCCAUUCAAGGCUCUACUGCCAUCACCAUUUCCAAUUGCCACUUUACCCACCACAACGAUGUGAUGCUAUUUGGUGCAAGCGACAGCUUUGAAGGGGACAAGAUUAUGCAAGUGACUGUAGCGUUCAACCACUUCGGAAGAGGACUGGUGCAGAGGAUGCCAAGAUGCAGAUGGGGUUUCUUCCAUGUCGUCAACAACGACUACACUCACUGGCUAAUGUACGCCAUUGGUGGAAGCUCACACCCCACCAUUAUUAGCCAGGGCAACCGCUUCAUUGCCCCUCCCAACAAUGCUGCUAAGCAGGUAACGAAGAGAGAUUAUGCGGCCGAGUGGGAGUGGAAGAGAUGGACAUGGAGGUCAGAGGGAGAUCUAAUGAUGAACGGUGCCUUCUUUGUUCAGUCAGGAAAUCGAAGCAAGAAGAGGCCAUUUACCAGGCACGACAUGAUCAAGGCCAAGCCUGGGACGUUUGUCACUAGGCUUACACGCUUUGCCGGUGCCCUUAACUGUUAUGCUGGCAAGAAAUGCUAGAACAUAACUAACAUUUAAUUGAUUAAAAGCUAGGUGGAGAAAGGUGCAUGCUUCUAAGGGCUUUUCUUGGGUAUGUACUGAAGGAGGAUGGGAAGGAUUGAGCAAGAUUUAUUUUUUAUUU